GCUCUUUGAAUGCCUGUAUUCUGCAGCGCAAGCAAGACAUCACCCUCUUUUUGUUAACUUUGGAGGACUUUUAAUACCCCAAAUAGCGAUAUUAAGUUUGAUGUUUCCCUGCCGCUCCUUCGAAAAGUUGACAAGAUUUUACAGAGAGAUAUCAUCUUGAAGAUAAGUCAUUAUUCUUUGAUUCUUGAAGUGCUACACACAUGCAACCAAGGCUCUAAGAAAUUUCACUCUGAACGUGGAGCGAGGCUAAAGAAACCACCGACCAGAAGUAGGUCCAAGCUACAUCUUCCAAUGAAAGCAAAUGAAGGGUUUUCAUCACUGACGGAUUAUCAAACCGGUACUCAAAAUCUUACCUUUAAAAUCAGAGAUCACUUCUCAGAGGUGAUUGGAAAGGUGACUGAAUAUCUGGGACAAAGUGAUGACCAAAGUAAGCCAGAAAUCUGGGCAUCGUAUGAAGCCCUGUUCUUCUCUUCAACAAUACCAGAUAUUGAAAAGUUUUAUGUGCUCGCGUAUGAUGGUGAAGCCAAGCUACUGCAGAUGCUCCUUCCUACGGCCGAUCCGAGGAACAUGAAACUGAGAGGUGAAUGGGUCAUUGAUAUCCUUGAUCCUGCAAAGACCUCUACACCAGGAACUGCAGAAAAGGGUACUCAAACCGAUCCAACAUCUUCAGAUGAAGACGAUUCCAGUGUGUCAGGUAAAGACUGGACCUCGAUACCAAGCCACGUGUUCGAUAGGCAGAAUUUCUACGGACAGAUAAAGUCAGGGAAAGAUCUGGAUACGGACUGGUCGAAACAUGAUCAAGAUGAACGCGGUAACCAGGUAUCCAAGAGGGGUACAGAUGCCGAUACCUUAGUGGAACAUCAACUUGAAUGUGUAGGUAGUGCCUCACAUGCAUCUCUGGCUUCGAAUCUGGUUGAGGAGAUGGAAAACCUCUAUCCAUUCCUGCGUGAUGUGACUCUUGGUUCGGUGGGUCUAAGCAAUCUUCCUGCCAUUACUCCAAAACCCCAUAUCGACCAACCCGUACAGAAGUCCAGAGCCAAGUCUGGGAAAGGGCGUCCCUCUACUAGUUCCAAGCCUCAGAAGAAUCACAAUAAGAUUGUCUCACAAGGACCCAUUAGUUUUGAAGACAUGUUCAGCCGGGCAUAUGGGUGUUUAAGGAUGGUCUUGCAAGAAAGGUUUCCUUUGGUAAAGCUCCGAUGGUUGGUCAUGUGUCUUCAGGCUCUUUCUGACUCAGUCAAAGAACAGGUCUCAAGUAAAUUGUCUGGUGAAAAUCGUUCAAUUGGCACAGACGAUCUGCUACCAUCCCUCAUAUUCUUCCUCAUAAAGGGAGACCCAGGACAGGUUACAGCCUUAUACCCACAGCUCAAAUUCCUCGAAGACUAUCUCCCCGACAUCGUUGCAAGUGGCAUCAUCGGUUUCACUGUAGCUCAAUUCAGCACAGCAUUUGCGUUCAUUAUUCAGACAGAUGAUGGCGAAUCCUAAGCAUGAUAUUUUAUACAUGUAUUGAUUCGAUUUACUACAUAUACAGUCAAAUACUAAAGGGAGACGGGACAGAUUGUUUUCACAUUCAUACAUGUUGUCCUACUGAAAAUUAAUCUUUAUUGAAAAUCAGUUGCUAUAUAGUUAUGGCAGAUUAAGUUAUUCAUGAUAUCGAAAGGGAAGCGUGCUGUCCGGAGGCCCGUAAGCAUGGAAGUCGUCAGUGGAGUAAUAUUUGGAUACUUAUACAUUUUAUAAAAUAGAAUGUUAAUAUUAGUUUUGCGGUGAUCUCAUAUUAUAGUCUAAUGAAAUAUGAAUGAAUGGAGGAGUUCUGUAAAUUGUUCCUUCAUGUAACUAAUGUUGGGGUACGGAUGCUGCAAAUUCGCAACAUCGUAUAUUGAUUACAAUUGAUUGACUUUUUAUGUCCAUCCAAGCUGAUGGAUAAUAAUGCAGCGUUGACAGCUUGUUUGUAUAUCGUGUACUGGAUCCUGUUUCAUAGAGUCUUUUUUAUUUACAACAAAUACAUCAUUUCUAUUACAUGCUUAAUAUAAGCCAAUCAAAAUGUUCUCAGUAGUAUUAAACUGUUAUGGUAACAAGAUUUAUGAAACGAUAACCUGAUAAUCAAGAUGACCAAGAUGCAAAGUGAUUUCAAUCUGGUCUUUUGAAUGUGGAGGCCUAUCGAUAUGUAUCAAUAAAUAGAUAGAUAAAUAACUGAACACAUAAAAAGAUUUAGUUUGGCCUAUUUCAUCAAAUUGGAUGAAAACUUAAUAAACAAAACAGCUGUAAUGCAAAUGAGAGCCGAUAGUGUCACUACUCACUAUUUCUUUUGUAUUUAAUUAUAAUUAGGCCUAGAUAUAGGACAAUGCACAAAUGUAAAGAUUUUGAUCAGGAGCUGCGAAACUGCCUUGAAAGUGUGUUAGGUUGUCUGUGUGUGUAUUCAGUAAAUGCAAUGAGCCAAGCAUUUUGAAGGAUACAGAACAUAUGUCAUUUCAGGUUAAAAAAAGUUUCUUGAGAGCGAGCGAAGUGAGUGAGCAAUCAAUUGGCCAUUUUAAAAUAUAAAAAAUAUCAGUUUGUGACAGAUUCUGACAGAGAAUGCCCGAAUAAUUUUGAAUAAGGACUAUCUUACUCCCAAACAUGGAUUGUUGUCUACACUCAAAUGGCAAACAAUGGAGGAACGUAUUAAGUAUCAAUUUUGUGUUCUUGUUUUCAAAAUACAAAACGAUUUAGCCCCAGCCAAUUUGGAACCACUUAUCUGCAAACGUAAUGUAACUUAUAAAACACGAUAUUCUGAACCAUGUCCCCUUCAAAUACCCUGCCCUAGGACAGAUUAUAAAAGAAAAUCUUUUGAAUAUGUUGCUGCCGUCGUAUUUAAUAUCUCCCUUGCAAAAAUGCACGUCCCUCCAUGCAUUCGAAAAACACUGUCAUUAAAAUUACAUGUAAUUACACUGAAUAACUUGAUGUAAAUGUGAUGAUUCCAUGAAUAAUUGUUGAUUUCACUCUAUAUGUAUAUGAUGUGUUCUGUUUUUACUUUAUUAUAUGUUGCAUACAUUGAAUUGCUAUGAUGUUGAGUUAUUUGUUAAACUACAGGGCGCCUUUGGAAAGCAGUUUUGCAUAACUGAACAGGCCUACCCUGCAGUAUAAAAUAAAUAAAACCAAUAAAUAAAUAAAUACAUAGAUAAAUGAAUAAACAAAUAAAUUGCAAGAGAAUUGC